CAAAUAUAAUAUAGAUUUAAUGUGGCAUAAAUGCUUUAAUAAUUUUAAUAUCUUUAACAAUUAAAACUUUAAAAACAGAUAUUAAAAGAAUAGUAUCUCAAUCAUUAUAAAACAAAAAGGAAUUUAAAGCAAAUUUAUUUAAGAUUCACCAUUUUGAAUAUCAAUUUUUGAACGCAAACUUGCAUAACCUUAAACAUAACUGUUAGGAUAAUUAAUCUUUCGGUAUCUUAAAAACUAAUUGAAAUAUUGUUAAUAAGCAAUUUAAAGCAAAUUUACCUAGUAUUUACUAAUUUGAAGAUGGUUUUUUCAAAUCUUUAAAUAUCAGAUUUAUGAAUUUUUGAAUUCAACCUUACACAAACAUUAAAGUUAAGGUAAUGUUAUUAGUUUAUUCCAAAAUUUGGAGUAGACAUUUGCGUUUAUUUAAAAAAAUUCUGUAGUCUUAAAAUUAAAAUCGAUUUUUAUGACUCAUCACUUAUUAAAAUCUACAUUUGGUCCUCUUGCAUCAACCACAACAAAACACUUUCAGUUCAAUUCUUAUUGCCUUUCCUCUCGAAAUGUCGCAACGCGCAGAGUGAUCCGACCAGCAUCCAGAUGUUCGCAGACACGACAACUUCCUACGCCCAUCGUCCCUCCCGAAGAAACGAGGCGCGCACACACACAUGGUCGUCACGGUCUCCCCCCAAAAAUCAUGCCCCUGCUUCUUAUAACUCGUACCGUAAAUAACCUCAGGUGUCCCUCUUAAUCCACAUCGCGCCCUCACCUUAAAAAAAUAAAAUCCAAAGAAAAAUAUCUACGUCUUCGUCGUGGGAAGACUUGUAUGCAUUUGUGUGUGAGCAGUGAGUAGCGGUCUAUCUUUGCGAACGACAAUAACUUCGAGCUCUAUAUUUGGCUCGGACUGAAUCGUGUUCGAGAAUUGCAAAAGCAGACAACUCGAGGAAAUGGACCCACAACAAAGCAAUAUCAGUUUUGUUUAUUAAACCAAGUUGGUGUCGUUAAAGAACGUCGAAGUUGAAGUCAUCGUCAUCAUCCGAAGGAAGUUAUAAUGCUUCCACUGUUAUUGUCAAUAACGAGUUAUUUCCGUUUGUUUUGUCUGUUUACUCUUUAGGAGAAGGCGUAAUAAAGUUUUUUUGUUAUAAAAAUGUGUACAUAAAUAUAUUUAAUUUAAAGUUAUAAAAUCUUCGUUUUUUUCUUCGCAACAAUAAAAAGAUUAUUAUAGCAAAUAUAUUGAUUCCAAAAUCUUUUAAGACACGCAGUGCUUUUCCUAUAAUUCGAGAAUAUCCUGUACACUCACAACAUUAUUUUCCUUGAUACCAAGUUUCUAUUCGAUUAAUUCUGGCGCCAGUUGUUGCACUUCCUGUCUACUCAUCAAAGUUCAUUAUAAUAAUUUUAGAGUCAGUACGAUACUUAAUCCUAGGUGUAUUAGAAAAUGACGCGAUCGUUGAUUCUAUUCAUAAAACAAGUCAAUUUAUUUUAAAAGAAGGUUGCUAUCUAAAAAUAAAACCAGAAAAAAAGAAUCACUGAAUAUUCAUCACCCUCCUACUAACGUAUUCAUGUUUUUCACUCAAAAAAAGCCUCCACUACCACAACCGGUCAUGCAAUGUAUCCAUAGAAACACUUGAUCGAUCGAUUUGGUGGUAGUAACAACGACGUCAGCAAGAAAAUUCGUUUGACGUACUCAUUGAAAAGUUCUUUUUUAAUAUUGUGUCUACUGGAAAAAACCUAACAUAAAAUGGAAAAUCUUGAAGUGAUACCCGAAAAAUUUCGGGAGAAAAAAGCGAUGCUUAAGGUAACUUUAGUUGAAAAACCUGAAAGAAAGAAGAUUAAGAUAAAACCGAAACCGGAACCAAAGAUUAGAGCAAAAACGGCUCUUCAAAAAAUUUUCGGUAACAAAAACGUAGUUAAAGAUCAUUACUUUUCACAAGGAACCGGAAUAAACGAUGAUAACCAACGAGAUAUUCUUCACGAACCUUCUCCUUUUGUUUAUCCGGAACCUUUAGAAACAUAUUCUUAUAAAACGAUGGCGAGAGCGUGGAACGAUAAACAAAGAAUAAAAGAAUUGAAAUUAAAGUGUAACGAAAGGAAUAAUUAUACAUCCAGACAAAAUUUGGAUAUGUUAAAUCGGUUAUAUGUUAAAGAACCGGGUACGCAGAGCAUGAAAACAAUUUUGGAUAUAGAUCCGGAUUUUUUUACGAUCGUUGAAGGUCGAACGAUUGGGGAAAAAUGGAAUAUUCGUGAAUACGUACACGACCUACGCGAAUCGUUACGAGCGAGAGUUGUUGCUGGGUAUCGUGAAGAUGAAGUUCUUUUGAUUGAAGAAAAUUUCAUGGAAGAACAAAGAAUUUUAGACGAAAUCAAAGGAAAUUAUCAAAAAUACGUGGAUACUUUCGAAGCGUUUCUUUCACACGACCAUCAAACUUCAAUGGAAUUAAUAAGGCAAGCCGAAAGAGAAACGAACAAGUCUUACGAAAGGUACGAAGCUUUUCGUGAACUGAGUAAAGAUUACGGAGCUUUAAAGGCUGCCGUUUACAAUUUAGAAGAAAAAUGGCGUAAUUGUAAAAUGUAUCAAAAGUUCUUGUACAUGGUUAGUCCUAUGCAUUGGAGGAAAAUUCACGAUUACUAUCAUUUAAAACAAAAUGCUUCUCAUUUAAGUUUGGUCGAAACAGAAAGUUGCGUUUUUGAAAAAUACAGGCAACACACAGGAUGGGAAACCAACACUUUGGAAAAUAUGAUUGAAACGUUUUUAGAAGAUUGCAGAACUCAAACAGAUCCGGUUUUAUAUUUUAAAGAACCAUACGAAUUAUUGAAAGUGUUCAGAUUUAUUGAGUUGCAAAAUUUAAAUUCGUUAUUACAUUCUGAAGAAUUAGCUAUUCCAUUGGAGAAAAUUCGAGAAAGUAUGCAUUUGGCAGAAAAGAAGUAUAAUGAACAAAUAAAUGCAGUACAAGAUAUCAUCGACAGUUUAAGUGGCGAGAUUUUGUGGGAAGAGCAACGUGCGAAAUUCCUUGAAGAACUCGCAAUGGAAUUGAUUAACGGCGAAUUCAGAAAAUUAAUUUCUGACGAAGAAAUCUUAAAUUUGUACGUAUUCGUUGAAGAUGUUUACGAAGCAAGAGUUGCUCCGAACGACGCCAGUUUAGGAGUCAGCGACAUGAUGAAAGCCAUCGAAAUGAAGUAUCGUUACUACAUACUUCAACUCGACCAGCUUCCGGAGGACAAAGUUCGAAAAGCUGAAACCGAGUGUUACCAUGAAGAGGCGAGGGUUAUGAAGAUUGCUAUUGAUGCCUCUAGAAAAGUGGUGCAAGUGGAAAAUAUGUUCAAUAUGUUACAGAGAGUGAUGAGGCCGCCGUUUGAGAAGACUAGAAGACGUUUUCCUUAUAGAACCCCUCCUCUUCAUAAAGCCAAAACAGCUAAGGUAACUAAAAAACAUCAUACUGGUGAUGACAGUGAAUAUUUAGAAUUAUUCACUGAUUACUGUAAAUACACGGAUGAAGUAACAGAUUAUGAAAUAGAUGAAGCUGUGAACAAUUUGGUGAGAAAUUUCGAUAAUGAGGAUGAUUAAUUGACAAAAUUUCUUUUAUUUAAACUUUUUCAAAUUCUUCGAAAAGCAAUUUUUG